AUGCCAACCCCAAUCUCCCUUCUCGUGUACAAAGGUGUGCCAGUAGACUUCUCCAAAUACCGACACACAGCGCUGCACGUCCUGUACUCCGACGGCCAACAUGAUUGGCUCCAUGCUGUUGGCGCACAUCCUUUCUUUAAAAUCCAAAAGGACACAGAGAACCCAAUUUCGGAGCCGCCAAUAGCGUGGAUUCCUGUAUGUACAGCGCCGGACUCUGUCGCCAAGGCGAAGAUCAUCUUUGCAUGUGCUUGCACGCCGGUGCGCAACAGCCAUAGUGACCGAGACUGGAACUGCCAGAACUGGGUUGGAGAUGCUCUUCCUGAGCUCAUUAAGAUCGGCUGUUUGACUCAAGAAGAGCGCGCAGAGGCCAUUUGGUAA